CUAUGGCGUUAUAUUAGUGCCAAAUGUCGAGAGCUCAGUGAAACAUCUUCACGAGCAAAUAAUAUUAAUUCACACGCGCAGACACAGCAGCGAGCGAGGAAAAAACAGCAGCGAGAGAGGAACAAACAGCCGCGAGUGAGGAAAAAACAGCUGCGAGUGCACAUAACAACCACUGGGGGGAAUUACGCGCUCUCGAAAGUGAGCUCUGCUCCUGUGCUUUUAUUCUGCUCGCUCGGAAUGGUGUUUUGCUCGCUCGCGUUAGUCGACCUCCAAUUUUGACAGGUUGUGGGAGGGAACAAACGCUGGCCCUCUUGUGAUUGGUCAUUUCCCACACGGAAGCCCAGGAAGGGAUGGACCAUGGUCUUGACCAUAGAAAGCCAGCGAAGAAGAGACCUUGAAGACAAGAGGAGGACGGUUUAUGAGCCACAAGUUGAAGGUAAUGGCAGACCAAAAUGAGGACAAUUUACACAAGAUGGCCAACAAUAUAGUGGCUAUGUUGAGGACCACCUUGGGCAUUCAGGGACAGCCAAGGUCAGGUAGUGAGGAGCAGAGACCACAGGGACCACCAGGGACAGCCAGUGUACAUGCAGGUUCCGGUUCUUCUGUGCAGCAGAACAUGUCCAGGUCUUUCCCAGGACUUUUUAGAGAAAGGCAGAAUUCCCGUGCCGUACGGACAACAAAAAAAAGACCUGCCAGCAAAAUAAACCAUGUGCAUUUUUUCUUGUUGGACCGUCCACGUGAUAAAACCCCCAAACAGUCCGAAGAGCUCGCCCUCUUACAGGCCGGGAUGGGGAGAAGGACCAUUCAGGUCCCUGAGGGUGCUUGCCACAAGGAGAUAACUUAUCUUCUUUGUGAAGUCUACUUCAAAAUGAAUGAGCUGGAGGGGGCAUGGAUGCUCCAUAAAGCCAUGGGAGGGUCUGGUCAGAGGCGGUUGACCUUAGUCUCCCCAGAUGAGAUGGGUUACACGGGGGCUGGGCUGUUCAAGUCCUGGGGAGGCAAGGGCUGUCUAUAUGUGAUGCCUAUACAACACCGACUGGACAUGUCUCCCCUGCCUUACACGGCACGGGAGUUUGAGGCAAUGCCAAAAGCCAGGUGUGUGUCAUGCAGUAAACAUGUGCCGUUGCAGCUAUUAAGUCUGCAUGUGGAGACCUGUACAAAGCCGGAACUUGAUGAGAUCCACUCUGACUACAAUGAUGAUGUUGAUGAAGGGGCUAUACUGCAGCAAUCUAAUUUGGGGAGUACGGAUUCCAUGGAGCGUCCAUCCUGCUCCCAAGUUCCUGAUGUUAAAACAACAUGUCCAAUAUGUCAGGAGUGGAUUUCCUCUGACAUUGUGGAAAUCCACGCAAGCAUAUGUGGUGAAAGAGUUUGUAAUGAAACUGAGGAGAGCCAGGCACAUCCGACUGAAAGCAUUUCUGAUGUCAUCAGAGUACUCCAUGAAAGGGUGGACAACACAGCUAUAUUCAGCAUCUGUGUGACGAGGGAGGACAUGCUUGAAAGGGGGAUGAAGCAGUGGCAGCGCCAGAAAAAAGCAUCCCCCAAAAACCCUCUUAGGGUAACAUUCCUCGGAGAGACCGGGAUUGACAACGGGGCUCUGAGGAAGGAGUUUUUAACUGAAAUGGUGACAGGUAUACAGAGCAGAUUCUUCGUGGGAGGGGACAAUGGCAAAACCCCCAAGUAUUCAAUGACCGACAUGGACAAACACCACUUCAAGACUGUCGGAGAGAUAUUGGCAGUGAGCAUUGCUCAAGGUGGACCACCCCCAAAUUUCUUCAUGGACUGGUGUUACAACUACAUGUCCACUGGAGAACUGGACCAGGAAGCGAUCACUGAGAUGGCUGUUACAGACCCAGAACUCAUUGAUUUAAUACAAGAGAUUCGGGCAGCUGACAACACAUCCCUGAUGGAGUGCACAGACAGGAUUUUGUCAUGUGGAUAUACAGGGCCAGUAUCCAUUGAAAAAAGGGAAGAUAUUUUGCGAUCUAUUGUCCUAUACUCAACAGUGAGGUUACUUCCUAUGCUCCAGCAAAUCUGCUCAGGUAUGAAGCUGUAUGGCCUCCUCAGCUUGGUCCAGAAAGAAAAGGACAUCUGCAGACAGCUCUUUGUACUUGGAUCGUUUAGCAAGGUGGAUGCUGAUUUCUUGGUGAAGUCACUAUCACCUGUCUUCAGUGAGAAGGGUACAAUGAGGCGUCAGAGAGAGUGCAGAGUAGUCAAUUUUCUGCAGGACUUCAUACAGGACAUGGAGGACGAAGAAGACGGAAUCAACACGGUCUUACCUGAAAGCGCGUCGGAGGAUGAAGGUGACAAGGAAGUGCUAAUUAAUGUGGGCAAGUUCUCCCAUCUCACCACACAGGAGGAGUUCAGAAGGGUUAUUGCUCAAGCUAUAACAUAUGGCUAUGACUUUGGCCGCAGCUGA